GGCUCUGGCAGGGAGGGACGCUGCAGGGUUUCCCACGGGGUUCUGACACCGGCUGCGCAGUGUGUGAGAGAGGGGCGGUGAGGAACAGUGGGCAGAGUCCUUCCCAAAGGAAAGGGUUAAGUAUCCCGCGCUCCUGUGGGCGGGCUCGGCGAUGAGAUCGGCAGCGCUGGGCUCUGCUGGCCGAGCCUGAGCAUCUCCGAGGAUGCGGCGGCGGGAGAGGCUGCAGGGACGCGCAAGGUGAACGCGGGGCUGCGGGUGCAGCGCGCAGGCUUAUCCAGUGAGGUCUAGACGUCAAGGGCUCUACACUCAGGCAUCGAAUUAAACCAUGGCCCCUAGCUCACGAGGCUCUGUAUGCCAUCUCUUUCUGCUGUUGCCCUGCCUGGGGGCUGGCCCUGCCUUGGGCAGAGGCCUUCCCAGACCACUUGAGGACUCAGAACCCCACUUGAUCCCCUCAGAGCCGCAGACCUUUGACCUCUUCUGGGAGAAGCUGAGAAAUGAGAGUUCCUGGCACAGUGGCAUCCCCCAGGCCCCUGCUGAUGGCCCCAAGAGGCCUGCAGACUCUCCCCCAGGACCAGCCCUGCGUGGACCCAAAGCAGUGCCUGGGGUGCAGGGUGAAAGACUCCUAGUAACUGAUGACCUCCAGCUGGCCCGAGGGCUUACCUCCCAAGGCUGGACAGGACCUCAUGACUCACAGGAGCUCCCAGAGCCGAAAGCACCAGCCCCGCACCCAGUGGCAACACCCCAUCUUGCUUUCAUUUCUACAACUCCCGGCCCUCAGCUCAGGAGAGCCACACUUGCCCCUGCCCCACAGAAGCCUGGAGGCCCAGCAGGACAGCAGCCAGCUAGGAAUGAGGGUCUAGUGGCCGAAGCCAAGGCCCCCAUCACACAGGCUUCCCCCUGGGACUUCCAGGGCUCUCCCCACAUGCUGGUACCUGAAACAGGUGCUGUGGGGAGGCUUGUGCUGGGAAAGCAGGGUGGGCAGGAAAAAGGCUUCCAGGAGGCUGUCCAGGGCCCCCUACUCACCCAGCAGGGUCCAGUAGCCCCUGAGGUUGGCUCAGCAGCCCCAGCUGAGGUGGCAUCCACUCAGGAGCCUGGAGGCCAGCUAGACCCUGCAUUGGCCAGAAGCCUUUCUCUUCCUGAGGGUCUGCCAGCUGAGCCCCCCCAAAAAGCUGGAGCUGGGGAUACCUGGGAAGUCAGCUCUUUGGGACCCCAGCCUGAGCAGACUGACCUCCUUGGUGGACAAGACUCCCCAGCACCCCAGCCCAUACCACCUUCAGCCUCAGACACUUCUGAUGGGCAGCUAAGACCAGCAAUAGCCUCGAUGAAUGGAGCAGACCCCAUCUCCCCACAGCGCGUGCGAGGAGCAAUGGAGGCUCCAGGAACCCCCAAGUCCUUCAUCCCUGAUCUCCCAAACUCUGCUCCAGCUGCAAAUGGAACAGAAAGCCCUGUGAGGGCCCUGCAGCCAGAUGAAGCCGAGGAAUGGCCGGGUCGCCCACAAAGCCACCCUCCAGCACCCCCUGUCCAGGCCCCCUCGACAUCUCGUCGUGGCCUUAUUAGAGUCACCACACAGAGAGCUCUGGGCCAGCCACUCGCUCCGGAGCCCUCAGCCAGCUCCAUGGCUCCAGACCCAGCUUCUAGCCCCCCAGCCAAUGCCACCGCACCUCCCCUACGUUGGGGACCGCUGCGGCGGGUGCUGAGUUUUUCUUGGGAGCUUCAUGUCUAUGGGGUGGGGGUGCUUUUCCUGCUUCCAGCAUUAUUGGCAUUGGUCACACUGGCAGCUGCCCUGGCGGGACCCCGAUUGGCACUAGUGGCAGCAGUGCUGGUGUUGGUAGCUUCAGGGCUGCGGUCUGCCUACAUGCUCACUGAUCCUUAUGGCUCUCAGGCACGGCUGGGAGUACGUGCCGGCCUGGUGCUAUACAACCUGCCCUUCCCUUUGCUGCUGACUGCACUGGCAGCACUCACCCUGCUGGGCCUGGGUGCCGGGCUGCCACAGCCUCUGCAGAAGCCACUCCUGCUGGGUGCUGUGGCACCAGUGCAUGCUGCAGGUUUGCUGGCCACAGACCUCUUCUCCACCAGGCCUGUGCUCAACCUCCUGACACAAGGCUUGUCUUGCGCCUGGGGUGCAUCGGUGGCUCUGGGCACACUCUGCCUCUGCCGUCGCCGCCUGCUGGAAGGUCCUCGGGGCUGGGAUGCCAGUCCAGGCCCACGGCUAUUGGCUGUGGCGGGCUCGCUGGGGUUGUUGGCCAGUGGUCUGCAGUUGGCAGCUUCACUCUGGCUGUACCCAGGACCGGGCCGGGAGGGUCGCUUUUCCUGGGCCUGGUGGGGUGUGCACUUCUGGUUGCGCCUGCUGGAGCUGACCUGGGCACUGGCUCUGGCGCUGGCCGCCCUGGCUGCCACGCGUCCCAGGCCGCCCACAGAGCACGCUUGCUGGGCUAAGUUACUACGCCUGGCGUGUCCCGCGCCCACAGGCAAGAGCGAGGUGCCCGAAAGACCAAAUAACUGCUAUGCGGGGCCCAGUGGCCUGCCCACAGGCGGCCUGGACAUCAGCAAAAGCCUCAUUCGCAAUGCUGCGGAAGGUGGGCUUCCUGCCACGCCUGGUUCCGGACCCUGGGGUUCGGCUGCAUCGCUGGGUCGCGGUCGCCCAGGUGGCCCGGGGAUGUCCCGCUGCAGUGUGGGGCCCGCGCCGUCGCUGAGCGAGUUGGAUCUGCGGCCACCCUCGCCCAUCAAUUUGAGCCGCAGCAUUGACGCCGCCCUCUUCCGGGAGCAUCUGGUUAAAGACAGUGUGUUCCACCGCUGUGGCCUCCGUGGCCUGGCCUCGUCGCCGCCAGGGGGCGCCCUGCGGCCUCGCCGCGGCAGCCAGCCGGACGCAGAGCUCGACGGUGCGGGCGCUUCGCUGCUCCGAGGCCGCUGCCGCUCGCUCAGUGAGGUGUGCUUGCGCACGACGCUCCCGCAGCACGUGGUGGACCCGCCCGUGAGCGCGGCGGCCGCGGGGACUUCGGGCAGCUCCCUGGACAGCUUCUCCAAGGGCUCGCUGAAGAUCAGCUGGAACCCGUGGUGUCACGGGGUGUCGUCCGUGGACAGCCUGCCCCUAGAUGAGCUACCCAGCACCGUGCAGCUGCUGCCAGCGCCUACUCCUGCUCCCGCCCGGGCCGGGGAGCCUCAGAGCGAGAGCCAGCAGCGCAGCAAGCCCAGCGAAUCUCGCAGCGCAUCCAGUGACACUAUAGAGCUCUGAGCGGCCGCCAGGGAGGAUCUGGACCUCCUCAAUGUCCACAUGAAGUUGCCGAGCCAAAACAGUUGAGCAUUUGAAAAAUUGGCCUUCUGGGGCCUGCACUUGACUGCAGCUCCCGGGGACAGACAGGCUUGAAUUCACCAGACUCCUUUUUUUUUGUUGUUUUGUUUUGAAUAUUUCUAUUCUUUUUUCAGCAGAUAUUUUGCACAGAGGCCGUGAGUUACACGGGAUACAGGGUGGAUGUGCAUGGUUUGAUCAUGGGGAGUAGGGACCAGGUACUCCUGAUUCCCCAAAAUGGAGAGAUGCACCUCACUUGUCCAGACUGACUGUCCUCUUUGUGCCAAAGAAAUAAACCCUUCCGAUUAGGCUCAUGCCUCCCGAUGGUCAGGCCAGGAUCCUAUACCCUUACAGGAGAGACAGGAAGCCCUUCCCCACAAGAAUCAAGAGCCUUCCUGAGGAAGGCUGCCUCUGGCUUUGGUAGGAACAGCCACCACUAUCUCACUAAAACCUGUCUGCUGUGGUGGAGUCCCAACUCCUAUAAUCCCCACAUUAGGCCUAACUGGAAAGCAUUCUGCCCACUUCAGAAAUGAGAAAGUGCAUUAUUUGGGUCCUGCAAUGACAGCUGGUGUUCAACCCAGAAAGAUCAA